UUAUACAAGUGUGGUCUUCUUAGGGGAUUGGCUCAGGCAGCAGUUAAACCACCUAUAUGCUAACAAGCCUUUGCUACCAGGUUCCUAAGGGGUCCUGGCUGGGAAAAAUUAAAACCAAACCUUAGACCUCUGUCAGACUGAGAAGAAAAUUAUAUUUUUGAAGUAGUCUACAGUGUGGACAGGAAAUGACCCCUUCACAAACUGCUUCUUUAAAAACAAGCAGUGGUGCCUGAAGCUAUCCAGUCUCUCUCUCUGGAGCUUGUGCUCUCUCCCCCCCCCCCCCGUCUCCUGCUAUAGAAGGGCUCCAACAGCAGUUUCCAGCCAGUGUGUUCUCUCUCUCUCUCUCUCUCUCUCUCUGUGCGUCUGUCUAUGUGUGUGUGUCUCUCUCUCUCUCUCUGUGCCUGCCUGCUGCUACUUUGUACUGUGAAGAACACACAGCCCAUGUGCUCUGUAUGGAUGUUGAUGAUACUCUGUGUAGCUUGAUUCUCUGCAAGCAGGCAAGAUGUCCAGCACACCACAUGACCCUUUCUAUUCUUCUCCUUUUGGCCCAUUUUAUAGGAGACACUCACCAUACAUGGUGCAACCAGAGUACCGAAUCUAUGAAAUGAACAAGAGGCUGCAGUCUCGUGCAGAGGAUAGUGACAACCUCUGGUGGGAUGCCUUUGCAACUGAGUUUUUUGAAGAUGAUGCAACCUUAACCCUUUCAUUUUGUUUGGAAGAUGGACCAAAGCGAUACACCAUUGGAAGGACCCUAAUUCCUCGUUAUUUUAGCACUGUCUUUGAAGGAGGUGUAACAGACCUAUAUUACAUUCUCAAGCACUCAAAAGAGUCAUACCACAACUCAUCUAUCACAGUGGACUGUGAUCAAUGCACCAUGGUCACCCAGCAUGGAAAACCGAUGUUUACCAAGGUAUGCACAGAAGGGCGUCUUAUCUUGGAGUUUACCUUUGAUGAUCUUAUGAGAAUAAAAACAUGGCACUUUACCAUUAGACAGUACAGAGAAUUAGUCCCACGCAGCAUUCUAGCCAUGCAUGCACAAGACCCUCAGGUGCUGGAGCAGCUGUCCAAAAACAUCACCCGAAUGGGUCUGACUAACUUCACCCUCAACUACCUCAGGUUGUGUGUAAUAUUGGAGCCAAUGCAAGAAUUGAUGUCAAGACAUAAAACUUACAAUCUAAGUCCUCGGGACUGCCUGAAAACAUGCUUGUUUCAAAAAUGGCAGAGAAUGGUGGCUCCACCAGAGCCCACAAGACAACCAACAACCAAACGGAGAAAAAGGAAAAAUUCAACCAGCAGCACUUCAAACAGCAGUGCUGGGAACAAUGCAAAUAGUACCAAUAGCAAGAAAAAAACAGCAGCUGCAAACCUGAGCCUGUCAAGUCAGGUACCUGAGCUAGGAGUACUCCAGAGCUGCAGCCUCAACCCUGGGAGGGAUGGAGCCUUGUGUCAUUCAAGAACAGUGACCCCCACUGGCCAAUUUAAGGAGAAGCGUUGAGGGGCUCUAAAAGGAGUCACUUCCAGUCCUCCUCAGAGGAUGUGAUGGUGGUAGGAGAACCAACACUGAUGGGAGGAGAAUUUGGGGAUGAAGACGAAAGGCUUAUCACUAGACUAGAGAACACACAGUAUGAUGCAGCAAAUGGCAUGGAUGAUGAAGAAGACUUCAACAAUUCACCUGCACUGGGAAAUAAUAGCCCAUGGAACAACAAACCUCCUGCUAACCAGGAGA